AUGGACCAUCAUCACCUUUUUUAUCAUGACUGGGACCCUGACUAUCACGCCAAUCAGUUGAAAGGCAUAUAUCGUCGCUGGACGUCGAAAGACAGAGAGAGAAUAGAAUGCACCGAGGGGCCAGCACAUUUCCUUCGCGUUCAGGACGGGCGAGAGUCGCCUGAUGCGUUGGUUCUCUCGAAACCACUGGCGGAAAAGAUACGCAAAGCGUUGUGCGUCGCUCACCAAUACUGGAGACCCCCUAAGAGGGUCGCCGAUGAAGAGAAAGAACUUUUCGAGAACGAAGCCAGAACCGAAGCCUGGGAAGAAGAGCUAGAGCACCUGAUAGAAGUGAUGAAAAAGAAGGUCAAGAAAACUGGACAAGCAACUGAUCAGGAAAGAAUCAAGCUGCAAGACCUUUUGGAAGAGCGGAAGAAGUGUCAUAAGAACAAAAGAAUCGACCAGUAUCACCGUCGACUCGCAGAAGACUCGGUAAAGUUGGGCAAAGAGAGAUGGAUAAAUGCAUGGUUUACGGUGCAACAAGAACUCGAUCGCCUGUGGUACCCAGGCACCGAGAGCCGCGCGCUCGCUCAAGAACCCGGGACAGAAGACAUCGAAGAUCACACCGCGAACAGAGGCGGGAGGCUAGAUCGCGAAGUACCAAUCAUGCCCAACGUCCUCGCACUGAGUCUCGGCCCAGGUCUCAUUCUCGAUCGCGAAGACAAGACAACAGGUCCAGGCAUCGUAGAAGAGAGCCUCAUACCUAUGACCAUGGAAGGCAGGAACGAUCGAGUGGGCGAAGUCGUGGACAACCUCGUUAUCGAUCUCAGUCCCGCUCACGGUCGCAAAGGCAUGACCGUAGACAACACCAUGGACAACACCAUGACCGAGCUCAAUCCGAGAAUUCACAUGAUGGUCUUGCGAGUCCGCGUUCGCCGGCUUCAUCUCAAUCUCAUGUUCAGAGUGAUCCGGAAUUCCCGUCUAGAGAUUACAGCGAAACCGGCACUUGACUGGAAGAGACCAGACGGCUAUCGAGACGAGGACAGCCAAAUCUCUGAACCCGACGUUAUGCCAUCGGCAAUUAUGGCAGAUGAUGUCGAGCAAUCAUUUAGCGAUGUAAGCAUCGACGACAGCGUCGAAGCAAUGGCAGGGCAAGAGAUUACACGCUCCGCACCAAGCUCGCGGCAAGCUCAGGACUUCAAGAAUGGCCUGAAACAAUUAGCGCUGGAGUACAACAAGAGAGACACGCCAUCUCCAAAGCCGACUGAACCAACUGAGUGA